UGCGCGUGAGGCAGGAAACAUGGCAGCUUCAGCUUCCAGCGGCAUCGCGGAGAUGUCUGCGUCUCUCUCAGGCAUUUUGAAUGAAAAACACUGCCCUGAACACCUCCAAAUCCUCAAGAGCUUCACGACAGCGCUGCGAGAGAAAGAAUACAGGGAUGCUGUGAAUGAGUCUGUGCUCUCUCCUCUCCUCCACGUCCUCUCCCGGCUCCAUGAUCAGCUCCGUGACCAGCUCCACACCGCAGUCCCAGCUCAAGGACAGGAUGUCCCGUCUGUAACAUUAGAGCUUCAGCUGACUGCUGAGUGCUUCAGGGCUCAAAGAAACGCUUGUGUCCAGAGCACAGGUAACCAGAGCCUGCUCAGGGAUCUUGGAUUCAUAAAUGUUACCCUGAAAAUUCUUAAAUAUCUUCAGACCAAAGAGGACCAAGAUGUACUUGAACCUCUCCGUUGUGGCAUCCAGUUUAUCGGUAACGUCGCCGUGGGAAAUGAGACGUGUAAAGAAGACAUUUGGCAGCUGAGUGUCCCAGACCAGCUCCUGCAGCUCCUUUGUGUGGACGAUGAGAAGACCGUUACCUACGCCUCAAUGGUCGUUCACACUUGUUUAGAUGAAGCUAAAGUUGAAACACUGGCUCUUCCUGAGAACAUUCCUCUGGCUCUGAAGGUGAUGGAGCUCUGCAGGACACAGCCGGACAUCGACUGGACGGUCCUUAUCGCAACACAGCAUUUUCUGAAGUGCGCGGCUUUGGUGGAGGCCAUGUACACGAGGAUGCAGCACCACGACAGAGUGACUUUACUUGAGCUGCUCUUGGCUCAGCUGAGAGAGGACGACUCGGAGUGUGGCGUUCCUCCGGCCGUUGCCUCUUUUCUGGCCUCUUCUUUUCAGAGUGGCUGUAGUGCAGUUCUCACUCUGGCCACAGGGGCAGUAUCGAGUAACGAGGUCCUGCAGGAGGCGCUGACAGUGAUCAGUUUGUUGGAUGUUCUGUGUGAAAUGUCGUCAGAUCACGCAGAGUUUAUGUUUUUACAGGAUCAUCCAGAUCUGCUGACGAAUACGACGGAUCUCCUGGCUCAGGUUCACGCCAUCGGGAAAUCCAGUAAGAACAUUUUCAGCGCGUCUCAGAACUUCUCGUCCUUCAGCGGAGACACUCAGCUCUCCCCGGUCGUCAGCUUCAAAGCUCAUCUCAUCAGACUCAUCGGGAAUCUGUGCCACAAUAACAACAACAAUCAGAACAAGAUGAGGGAACUCGAUGGCAUCCCUCUGAUCUUGGACAACUGCAAUAUCGACAGCAACAACCCCUUUAUCAACCAGUGGGCCAUCUUCGCCAUCAGAAACCUCCUCGAGAACAACUUGGAGAAUCAGAAGGUCGUGGCGUCGUUGGAGCAACGAGGCGCGGCCGACUACUCCGCCCUGAGGGAGCUGGGGUUCGAGGUGGAGGAGAGAGAUGGAGGUCUGCUGCUCAAAACUAUCAGGAAAGACACCUAAGAAACAUCCAAGUGCGAAGGCAAAGGAAACUAUUAAGAGUGCAUUAAAGCUUUAGAUUCAUGCUGUGUUUAAAACUCGUGUAGUGUUUGUUAAAUACUUUUACAAACCCAGACAAUUUUGAGCGUAAACUUUAUCUUGCAGUUUAGGAGUGCAGUUAAUUACGCUCAAAAUGUGUUGUUAUAAUUAUAGUUUCAUAUGGAAAACAGGGUCAGUUUACUACCGUAUUUACCAAAAGAAAAAAAAAAAAAAACGAACCAAAAAUCCUCAGAUGCUGAACCAAAACAUUUUAGUUUGGCGAAGUAUCCGGACAUUUCCCAUAUUAAAGCGUCAUCGUAAAGUCUUUAAAAAUGACCUGUGCGUUUGAAAGAUGCCGCUACUUAUAAACUAAGACCCGGUGAUUAUCAGUUUGAAGAAAAGUUCUCAAAAAUUCUCAAAAGUAGGAAUCUAGGAGCGUUAAUAUCGAAAGAAAACACGAACUGAUAAACUAUAAACCAAUCCCGUGCAUUUCAGAAUGUUUGUAGACGCGUAAACAACAGGUACAACACGAGUUUAUAUUGACGUUGUUUAGCACCGCCCACUUUUACCACCUUUUUGGGAUAGUUUUUCCAGUUAAGCAGGAGUUUCGCCACUAAAAUAUGGUAUAAAUGAGGUUGAUUGGUGUAAAACGUCACCUCUGUCGUCCUUAUAGAACUGAUUUACUGUCAAAAUCGUCAUUCCUCUGGCAAAAUUUUAAAAAAACCCAACCCCAAUGACGACGGCGACGCCCACGGCAACGUCCAGAAAAAAAUACACGCGUUAACUCUCUGAGAACAUUUCUUUUUUACCUUGGCAUUUGCGGUUUGACAAUUGCAAAAAGUCAAAAUUGCAGUUUUCGAUUUGAUUGCGACGUAUUACCCAGCUCAAAAUUCCCGCCCGCCGUAUCAAUUUUAAUCUACGAUCUCGGAAAAUUAGCACGUAAUCCGCUAACGACGCCGCCAGAUUUGCAAAGAAAAGGUUGAGAAGUUACGUUUUACCUUGAAUUACGUCGGGGGAAUUAAAGAUCUGGCGAACACAGAGCUGUUUUUGGCAACGCGUUUAUGUUUACGUUUUAUCCAACGACCUUAACUAACUCCUUACCACAACAACCCCGUGUGAUGUAAGAGGCCUAUCCUUUCUAAUUAAACUGAAGUAUUUACCAGAAGUAUUCGCGCACUUCCAGUUAUUUAUCACUAACUUUGAACAAAGUCGAGUAGAACAUAUUACACAGUGAAUACAUGGCAGCUUAACCCAUUAUUAAAGGCUAUGCAAAAUAAACACUGACUCUUAGACUUGGCGUAUUUCACCUCGUAUUAAACAGUGGCAUAACCAAAAAUGUAUGUUUAGCUUCUCGACGUGAUCCAUCUUGCUUUUGGCCACAUUAUAGGGAGCAUGAUUAAAGUUUUCCCGGUAAGCAUGUUUACUAUAUUACAAAUGAAUAGCCAUUAAUCUGUGUUAGUCGCUUUCGCAACACGCUAACACGCUAACACGCUAACACAGACCGCACCUUUUCACUUCACUUUUAUCAGCUGUAAGUUUAAAUACGGCGUUUAUAGAUGCGUAAACUGUGUAAAGAAGUGGACUGAGCGAGUGCGACGUCACCCUCAGCUAGCUCGUCGAGGCUAGCGGUUAUAGCGGCUAAUUUGCAGCCGAGUUACGUAUUUAGAUUUUUGACUUACAAGUGUCAUAGCAACCGAAGAGCCAAUCAGAAGCGAGGAUGUGGAAGGUAACGCCCCUUCCCAUCCGCACAGCUGGUUUAGCAGGGAGCGGCCACUUAGCAACGCUGUCAAUCAAACCUGUUGCUAACGCUAACGGGAGCGACCUCAGGGAAAGAAGGUGCAUGAUUUGUCUGUUAUUAAUGUUCAUAUCUUGAUUUACAGACACAAUAGUGAAAUAAAAACGCCAGGAUUACGUAAAGCGGGUUAAUACGAACUUUUACUCUUUUUUUAGCCAUAAAAAUCAUGCUAAAGGAAGUGUCAGUACUGCAUUUUUUCACACAACUUCCUGUAUUUUAUCUUUGACGCAUCGAAUAACUGCGCUCCGAUUGGUCGUCUUCGAGGGACAAAGUGAGCGCAUUACCGUAAUGACAGUAACAUAUUUAAAGAGCCCCGUGCCUCUGCUUUGAGACGCCGUUUGAAUUUACAUGAGCGCACAAUUGGUUACGUAAAUGGAAAGUCCAUAACCGCGAGUCUAUCGGCAACGUUAGCAUCCGACGCUAUAGGGUUAAGACCAGAAUGACGAGUCUGACGGCAGCAGUUACAGAAAGAGGCAACAGUUUUUCAAUAGAAAGUGAACGGAAGCCAGAGUUGAUGAAACAGGAAGUGCGCUCAUGAUCACUUCCUGUUUGGGACGCAACGGCUAGCACGUUAGCUACGUCCACUUAUAUAUACAGUCUAUGAUAUUCCCUUAACUCAGUGAUCCAUUUCCCUUUUUCGUUAAAGCUGUACUAUGUAACUUUUUUUGGGUUAGGGUGGCAGUCUCCUUGUCUGUAUCCAUGGACACGCCAUUGCUUUGCCUAGAAUACCCCACAAUAUGGCAUUAAACAUCCAUCCAGCAGUUAUUUAAUUGCUCAAAAAUCCGACAGACAUUCCGUCCUUCCUUGGGUUUCCUUGGAGAAAGACAAGUUUAAUGCCACACUGCGCAACAUUCCAGGUAAAACAACAGCUAAGAUCUGCGUGGGGAAUAAACAGGUGACAGAAAGUUACACAGUGCAGCUUUAAAUCCUAGUUUAGUCCUUAGUUUUGUGUUUUAUUUUAGUAGUUUUUGAUUUUUUACUACAGACUAUGCAAAGUAGCGACGAAGCCUCAAUUAUAUCUUGCACUUGCAGAGCCAAAAGUGUGUUUUUUUGGUGAAUAUAAUGCUAACGAUUGUAAUUAAAGACGUUACACUCAAACUGCUUUAUAUUG